CCUCAAGAAGGUGAGAAUUUUAUAUCUGAGACUUUAUCAAGAAUUAGUACUUCCACAAACUUGGCUGAUGUAGUGCAAAAUUCUGAUUUGGUGUUAGAAGCUGUUGUUGAGAAUUUAUCUGUCAAGCAUAAACUUUUUAAGUCUAUAGAUGAUAUUGCCCCAGAAAAAACCAUCUUUGCCUCUAAUACAUCUUCAUUAUCUAUAAGUGAAAUUGCGUUUGUAACCAAAAGAAAAGAUAGAUUUGCUGGGCUACAUUUCUUUAAUCCUGUGCCAAUAAUGAAAUUAUUGGAAGUAGUUAAAACUCCAGAAACAUCAAAUGAAACAUACGAAAAAUUGAUGGCUUGGGGAAAAGCAAUUGGUAAAACUAUCAUUACUUGCAAGGAUACUCCUGGAUUUGUAGUCAAUAGACUUCUUGUUCCACUAUUAACUGAAGCAAUUAGAAUGUUAGAGAGAGGUGAUGCUUCUCCGAGGGAUAUUGACAUAGCCAUGAAGUUAGGUGCUGGACAUCCAUUGGGACCAAUUGAAUUAUCAGAUUAUGUUGGACUUGAUACGACUAAUUCAGUUAUAAACGGAUGGCAUGAAAAAUUUCCAGAGAAUCCAUUGUUCAAACCAUUACCAUCUUUGCAAAAGUUAGUCAAUGAAAAAAAAUUGGGAAUCAAGACUGGUGAAGGGUAUUAUAGCUAUAAAAAAUAAAUUUGUACCAAUUUAUCACUGAAAUUUGGGAAAAAUAAUAUAUUAUUUUUUUGUUUUAUAUAUAAAUGUGU